AAUUUUUCUUCAAGGCCUUCUUUUCGGAGUAAAUAGUGCUGCUAUAAAGGUAAAGACAUGCAACAACAAUACGCAGUUGUGUUCUGAUUGUUCGAACGAAAAUGAAUUCGUCGAUUGUAUUUCUACUGUGUUUUUUUGCAGGUAGUGUUUACGGCUACUAUGUACAACACCAAGCACCCUACAAUAUCGGGCCUAACGAUCCCUAUGCUUUACAAAUUAACCCGUAUCUGACUCACGAAACUUCACAAAGGAUUUUAUGGGGUGGUUCGGGAAGCAAUCAAGUAGGUGGAAACGAUUUGUGGGCAAUGUUGACAAAUAAAUUUCCCUUCUUACGUAACAUGUUUGGGAAAAUGCAACUGCCGACACAAUACGGCACUCCUUCCGCUGUCUAUGGUCCACCGGACAGAUUUGCGCCGCAGUUUUACUCGCAAAAUGUUCAACAGUUCGUACCGUUUGGAAGAGAUGUUGGAUUCACAGAUGACGCAGUAAUUAUAACACCACCGAACGUUCCAGUUCUCCAGCAACCAGUUCCUCAACCAUCCCCGGAGCCAGCGGGAUACCAGUACAACAAACCUGUAAACCGCUUAGAACUACCUCGCCUCUAAACAGUUUCAUUUAUUUAUUAUCUUUAUAACUAGCUUUAAUUUGAAUACUUAUGUUAAGGAUUACGGGUAGAAGGUUCGCAUAACAACUUUCUUGACAGUAUUAUGCCUGUAGGCUUAUUAAAAUAAAACAUAAAGUUUUUUGUUUAUUA